AUCAAGAAAGGCCCAACGAAAAGUCCAAAGAGCGACACAAAGAGAAAGAGGGUCAUCGUGAAAAAGAUCGCGAGAAAAUAAGGGAAAGGAGGAAGGAACGAGAAAGACAAAAGUUAAAAGAAAAGCAGAAGAUCCAAGUGGGAACUGCCAAGUCAGAGACUCCAGUAGUUACUAUUCUGACUAAACCGCAAGUGAAAGAAGAUAUAAAAUCCGACGCGAAAGAUAAAGAAAUCAAGAAAAGUACGCCUAUAAAGAUUACUAUUCAACAACGGCAAAAAGAUCAAAUCAGACAAAUUAUUAAAGAGUCUGUUAAAGAACCUGCUGUAGCAGAAAGCCCAAAUGAAACAUCAACAACACCACCAGCUACGUCUAAUACAUCUAUCACCUCUGAGACCAAAGAACACCCUUUCAAUCGUCGUCGUGAAAGGGACCGUAGCAGAAAAGUAGGGUACGGAAUGGGUCGGGUUGGGCGUGCUUGA